GUGGCACUACCAAUUAGAUUACAACGCCCGCGGCUUUGUGGCCAGCUUGCAUACUCUGAUUGCAGCUAGAGCUAGGAGAGUGUUGAGAACAAGCCAGAGUCGAGAAGGGGAAGGGGAGCUUUUAGAGCGGCAGGCAUGAGUUUCCCGGGGGAGAGAUCGGGGAUGACUGCGGCCUCGACGAACCAAUGGUUCCACAAAAACAUCGGGAGGAUGGAGACGGAGAAGCUUCUCGUGGAGAACACAGAGGAUGGAUCGUUUCUCAUCCGCAAGAGCGACAACGUCAAGGGAGCCUACGUCCUCUCCACCAUCUAUCAACAACGUAUACACCACUAUAGGAUCAUACCCACUGAAGACGGGCUGUUGUCUGUUCAGGCACAAGAAGGUGUUGAGAAGCGGCCGUUUCGUUCUCUGGAGGACCUUGUUGAUUACUACAGUCACAGGGGGCGUGGCCUCGUGUGUCCACUGGUCCGGCCCAUCGCUCAGACCAAUGAGGACGAGGAGCCACCUGACUCAGAUGACGAACAUGAGCUGGACGACGGUAACAGAGAGGAGAAGAUUGUGUCCAAGUUUUUGCUGGCCUCUCUCUCAACCCUCACCCUCAACAUUGAUAGUGACGAUGGUUUCAUAGACAGACUGAAAGCCUACCUGACUGGUGACAUAUCGGUCGACAUACAGAGCAUGGUCAGUCCUGCCCCACAGCUCACCCACCUCAAACUACUGCUGAAGGAAGACUGCGAAAUCAUUCAUAAGUAAGUCAACCAACUUUCUUCACUCAACUAAACGCACAAUUUAGAAUGCAACUGCACAAUAAAACUACCACAGUAGCACGGCAUUGACUACCAUGUGCAUAUCUUGUUAACACACACACACACACACACACACACACACACACGCGCGCACAGGGGACUAGACCGUCUGAUGGAGAGAGUCGACCUCUUACAGUCUCUAUUCGAGAGAGCCGGUGGGGCGAAGGAAGUCGGGAAAAGAUCCUCCCUCUCUAGAAGAAGACGCUCUCGGGCCGGGGAGACAGAUUUCGACUCGCUGAGUUUGAAACUGAGGGAAUGCUCGGAGUCUGUACAGAGCCUUGAAACGACAUCGUUCCAGAUGCUGCGAGAGUUGAGUGCCGGUAUAACCGGUCAGUCUAGACCUGCCGGCUCCCUCGGGCAGGUGGCUCCUCUAGUAGGUGGCCCGCCUAACAACACACCUAGCAACGGGGAACAAGAAGACGAAGAAGAAGAAGUAGAAGUAAUGUUUGAGACAAAGACUGAAGGGCUCGGCCACGGCAGAAAGUACAACAUCGCCGUGAACCUUGCCGAGGGAAAACUCACCUUCAAGAAGCACGGAGAAAGCAACAGUUCAUCCUACAGUCAUCAACAGGUUCUGCAGCUGAUAAAGAGCAGGUCUAAGGAACAGAGACUAGGCAUUCUGCUGGCCGGACAGAACAGAAAAGACCACAACUUUAUUAACAUGCAGGCAAGGGAGCAGUUCUGUCAGCUGAUUCAGCUGAUCCGGAACCGAAUGAAGGCGGGAACGGGAAUGGACCAGGACUCCGUCUCUAUAUUCGUCGGUACUUGGAACAUGGGCGAUGCCAGCCCGCCCGGAGACAUCUCGUCCUGGUUCCGUUCUGCCGGGAAGGGAAAGACUCUUCCUCACGCACUGGCUCAACCCCACGACAUAUAUGCCAUCGGAACGCAGGAGUGCAAUGUGAGCGAGAAAGAAUGGCUGUCCAAGAUCCGAGGGACACUCAAGAUGGUGCACGACAUGGACUACGAGAAACUGGCCUCCCAGACUCUGUGGGGGAUUCGCCUCGUCAUUUUCGUCAAACCGGAACACAUCAACAAGAUCACCCACGUUCAGGGCUCGCAAGUCCGCACGGGCAUUGGCAACGCUCUAGGGAAUAAGGGAGGAGUUGGUAUAACGUUCUUCUAUGGCAGUGUCUCGAUGUGCUUCAUCAACUGCCACCUCACCUCCGGCAACGAGAAAUGCAGCAGGCGCAACCAGAACUACUACGACAUUCUGAAGGGCAUGGGGGCUCUGAAGCAGCGGAAACUAAACCAGUUUUUCCUGACAAACCAGUUUCACCACCUGUUUUUCUUUGGCGACCUCAACUAUCGGGUGGACCUCGGGGCGACGGAAAUCGUCGAGUUUGCCAAGAGGGAAAACCACGGGUCCAUCUUCAAGGAGGACCAGUUGAGGAAACAGAUGGAGCAGAAGAAGAUUUUCGUGGGUUUUGACGAAGCUCCGAUUCUGUUUCCCCCGACCUACCGUUUUGCGAGAGGUCGUCGCUCACUCGACGACUAUGUGUGGGUGAAGCAGAAGAGGGCGGGGAUAAGAUUGAAUGUUCCGUCGUACUGCGACAGAGUGCUGUGGUGCUCGUACCCCGGAACCAUCAUCGCCAACAGUUCUUACGGUGCAUGUACCGAUAUCAUGACUAGUGACCACUCCCCCCUCUUCGCUUCGUUCCAAGUGGGCGGAGUCAAACAGUUUGUCCCCGAACCAGGGCGUGGUCUCGGUAGUGGAGAGAAUCAGACGUUUAUCAUAGUGGACAGCCUCAAAGCCAAGAUUCAGACUAGCAGCAAAACGUCCUUCUUCGUAGAAAUCUACUCCAACUGUUUCGAAGGUGUCCAGAGGGGCAGUGUGAACGACGAGUGGAUCGACACUCAGGCUGGGUACGUCUGGCCCGUCUGGUGUGGCAGAGACCACGUCUUCAAGGUGCCUCCCAUAGUGACACAGUUGGAGUAUCUGGAGCAGCAGCACAUUCUCAUUCUCCUCAAAUCAACUGAGAGUGACGAAUCAUAUGCCGAGUGUUGUGUGUCUCUGCGAGGACUCUUUGCUCCCGCACCGGUCAGCGUCACAAAGACACUCAUCCACCAAGGACAGGAGAUUGGAGUGCUCGAAGCCUACAUUCAUGUGACUCUGGAUCAUUAUCCAAAGCCAGAAGAAGAUCUAUACUCUGACCUCAAUUUUAUCACUGCCGAUGACAGCUCUGAUUUGGACAGCGGUCGGAAUCGCGCCAUUGCUCACAGCUUUAUUAACUCUACCAGCAAUGGAGUUGGUGGUCGGACAUCGAGCAUGUCGGAUCGCUCAAUCCACCACGUGGCUCGCAGCAGUACACACUCCUCCUCCUCCUCCUCCUCCUUCUCCUCACUCACGUCGCUGCGAUCACACGUCUCACAACAGCCCCUCCCCUCUCCCCCUGUACCGGCGGAGAAGCCACCACCAGUUCCCAUUUCCAGCCCGCCUCCCCCACUUCCAAAGAGAAGAGACCUGUCUCAUCGGCCUUCUUCUGCACAAGAUUCCCCCCACCAACCACCCACUCCUGUCGCUAGGAAACCAGAGAGCAUUGCCGUUACUGGACGGCAGGAAUCCACAGCACUGUUACAAGCUCUUUCAGUGACAUCAUCCGGGGUUAGUUGGGCGAACAAGCAAGCCCACCUAGUCAUCUGAAUCGUGUUAUAAUUGCAUGUUUCAGCGCUAUAAUGUAUAUGCUGGUUUGCUCACCUAUAAUGUGUACUGUAAGUGUGUAACUGCUGACACGGAUAGCUUUCUUCAGUUCAGUGCAUAUUGUAGUGUAUCUUGUUCUUCAGGAUGCAGCUGGUCGACGGGGUAGUGCCCCACACCACCAGCUGCUACUAGCCCACCAGAACCAGCUCACCCCACCAGAACCAGCUCCCCGCACUCACCACCCUCCCACACUCCCCGGGGGAAACCCCCCAAUCCCUCUUCGUCGGAACCAGUCCCUGCGGAAAGUCGGAAAAAACUCGGACGACGGUCCAUCUGUCCCACCUCGACACAGUUCUCGCGAUCGUCUCGAACUCCCUCCUCCUCCUCUCCCUCCUAAAUCGCCCGAGCCAACCUCACUCAACAGGGCAAUAGAAGCUUCGCGCAAGCUGUCGUCGGUCGAAGAUCUGCUCUCACUGCACGGCCUGUCGCAGUACACAAAGAAACUGGUCGAAAACGGGUAUGACGACAUUCUUUUCAUCUCGGAGAUCACGGACAUCGAGCUGAUCGAGAUUGGAGUUGCUUCACCGGCAGAAAGAGCUAGAUUGCUGAAAAUUUUCUCCGCCUAUGCAUCAUGACAUUUAUGUGCAAUAGACUAAUAAACUAUCUGUGUCUGUACUGUUCUUGUAUAUACAUGAUAAUGUGCACUUGCGCUGUUUCUUUGUGUGUUUGUUGUGUGUUUAAUGCGCAUGCGCGUAUAAUUCGCUCGUUUGCGUGGGUGGACUUGCCCACGCCCACAAAUUAGUUUAUAACCUCGGACGAUACGCACGACCACCUCACAUUUUGGAGCCAACUACACGAGUCUUGUGGGAAGAAGCAGUAUUGGCAGUUAGCUGAGAAAGUUAGGCAGCUUUCGUAGGUCGGGAAAUGGCGGAUUCAACCCCACCCAGCAUAGCCGUACUGAGCGAGACGACUGAUCAGGACGGUGUUGGAGGAGAAGGAGGAGAAGAAGUGAAGCAGAGUUUGGAAUCACUCCUGUCUCGCUCGGACAGCGCCAGCGUGGACGAGGAUGGGGACGAAGGGGAGUCCUCGACGCUGGCCGUCCCGAGCACCUCGCAGGGGAAAUCGAGAGAUACCAGCCGAAAAGGCCGCAAGAUAUCUUUGAACGUGAAGGAAGUCGAAGCGAUAAAGGAAGGCUAUUUGGAUCGAGCUGGCAGAUUUCAGAGAUGGAACAAAAAGUACCUGAGAAUAGUAGGGGACCUUCUCUAUCUCUCAAAAAACGCAGAGGACAAGCUUCAUGAAGAAAUAGUCCUCAAAGAUGCUAAUGUUGCAGAAAACAGCACCAAGAAUGUCAACCACAGCUUUUCCGUCAUCACUCCCUACCAGCAAGUACUGUUUGCGGCUCCGACUCGCAAGAGCAUGGAAGAGUGGAUGACCGCUUUUCGAGUCGCGUCACAACAGACACCAAGUCUGGACAUCCUCCAGCACCUUGAAGGCCAGCACGCUUGGUUCUCUUGCUCGCACCACCGACGCACCUACUGCAACGUGUGUCGGGAGCGGCUCCACGGGGUCGCGUGGCACGGACUCUCUUGCGAGGUGUGCAAGAUGAAGUCCCAUCGUCGCUGCGUCUUUCAGCUGAAGGAGAAAUGCAAGUGGACAACCAGAUCCAGUCUAGAGCAGGCCGGAGUCAGAAUUGAACAAGAUUACUCUAUACCUCACAUGUGGGUGGAGGGGAAUCUUCCGGCGGGGUCAAAGUGCACCGUGUGCCAGCGAGCCUGUGGAAGUCUCAUGAAACUCCAAGACUUCCGCUGCGUCUGGUGCAAAUGGACGGUCCACACCGAGUGCCAGGAUAAGGUUGAAAAGACGUGUACGUUGGGAGAUCUCCAACUGUCCAUCCUGCCGCCGUCUGCUCUCCAGCGAUCUGACGCCAUCCGGAAAGGAAUGUGGGAGCCGUACAAGAUGGUGGGGCAUAGUCCAGUGCUGGCUAUGGUAAACUCCAAGAGCGGAGACAGUCAGGGAGUGAAGUUUCUUCGAAAGCUCAAGUACUGGUUGAAUCCAGUCCAAGUAUUUGACCUAGCCAUCACUGGACCUGACCUUGGGUUGCAGUUGUUUCAGCGUUUUGAAAAGUUCCGUAUCAUUGUGUUUGGUGGAGAUGGGAGUGUGGGGUGGGUACUGUCAGCUGUGGAUCGCUUCAACCUUCACUCCAAGGUACACACACACACACACAAACACAGAUGAGAAUAUUUCACACAUACAUAC